AUGGUGGAACAAUACGGAAUCACGGAGCCGAUUUCCACGGCGCCCCCGACGCCCGAGGAGAUUGCGCUCAACGGUGAGCUCAUUGAGGAGCUUAAGCGACAAGGAUCAUUCGAGAGCGAGGCCGAGUCCAACAAACGGAAAAAAGUGCUGUUGAUCAUGCAGCAGUUGGCCCAGGAGUACGUGCGACAAGUGAGUCUCAAGAAGAACUUUUCGGAUGGCAUGGCCCGUGAUGCCGGAGGCAAAAUCUUCACGUUUGGAUCUUACUCUCUGGGAGUCCAUGGUCCGGGAUCUGAUAUCGAUACGCUGAUUGUGGUCCCCAAACAUGUGACUCGAGAAGACUUCUUUGAGGUGUUCGAACGUCUUCUCCGAGAACGGCCCGAGUUGGAGGAGAUCUCUGCCGUACCCGACGCCUUUGUUCCCAUCAUCAAGGUCAAGUUCAUGGGUAUCUCCAUCGAUUUGAUUUCGGCCCGUCUCGACAUCCCCAAAGUGCCACUAGACCUGACGUUGGAAGACGACAACCUGCUGCGAAACGUGGACGACAAGGAUCUGCGAGCUCUCAACGGUACGCGAGUGACCGACGACAUUCUCCGUCUGGUUCCCAACAAGACGGUGUUCAAGCAUGCCCUACGAGUUAUCAAAAUCUGGGCACAAAACCGAGCGGUAUACGGAAACAUCAUGGGUUUCCCUGGAGGAGUACAGUGGGGAAUUCUGGUGGCCCGAGUGUGUCAAUUAUAUCCCAACGCCGUGGCUGCAGUGAUUUUGUCGCGAUUCUUCAACGUGCUUUUAAGAUGGAGAUGGCCCCAGCCAGUACUCCUCAAGAAGAUUGAGGAUGGCCCAUUACAGGCGCGAGUGUGGAACCCCCGAAUCUACUCGCAGGACAAAUUGCACAGGAUGCCCAUCAUCACACCUGCCUACCCUUCCAUGUGCGCCACCCACAAUAUCACCGCCAGUACACAAAAGGUCAUUUUGCGAGAACUUGAGAGAGGAGGCCAGAUUCUCAACGAAAUUAUGCUGGGCCAGAAGCCGUGGUCGGCACUGUUUGAAAAGCACCAUUUCUUCUCGGACUACAAAUACUAUUUAUCGAUUGUGGCGGCUAGCAAGGGCACGGCGGAACAGCAGCUCAAGUGGAGCGGUUUUGUCGAAUCCAAAUUACGACAUCUUGUGCAGAAGCUCGAACUGCUGGACUCUAUCGAGCUGGCCCAUCCUUACGUGAAAACGUUCGACAAAGAGCAUUUGUGCAACAGUGAUGAAGAGGCUCUCAAGGUGGCAGACGGCCAGAACGUGGCAGCAGUGACUCUGUCGACUGACUUGGAGAAGGCUGUGGCCGACGAGGUUGGCGAUGAGAAGUCAAAGGACGAGGCUGAUCGAAAAGACAAGAUCAUUGUGUACACUACCACAUUUUACAUAGGCUUGGACAUCAAGCUGGAGACCAAAGAAGGAGGCAAACGAAGAUUGGACAUCCUGGCACCCUGUCAAGAAUUUUAUAGAACUUGUCGAAGCUUCACCGACUACAACGAAGAUAUGCACAGCAUCUUCAUUGAUUCUGUCAAAGCGUGA